CAUCAGAAGACUCACACUGAGGAGAAACCUUAUGCAUGCAUGGAGUGUGGAAAGGGCUUUAGUUACAGUUCAAAACUAUGUUUGCAACAGAAGAAACACACUGGAGAGAAACCCUAUAAAUGCCUGGAAUGUGGAAAGAACUUUACUCAGAGUUCAAAUCUCCGUUUCCAUCAAAGGACUCACACUGGAGAGAAACCACAUACUUGCCUGGAGUGUGGAAAGAGCUUCACUAAGAGUGGAAAUCUACGUUCACAUCAGCGGACUCACACUGGGGAGAAACCCUACACAUGCCUGGAGUGUGGAAAGAGCUUUGCUCAAAGUGGACAUCUAAGUUCACACCGAAAAACUCACACUGGUGAGAAACCCUAUACAUGCCUGGAGUGUGGACAGAGUUUCACUGCUAGUGGAAAACUACGUUCACAUCAGCGCACUCACACUGGGGAGAAACCCUAUUCAUGCCUGGAGUGUGAAAAGAGCUUCACUGAGAGUGGAAGUCUACGUAAACAUCAAAGGACUCACACCGGGGAGAAACCCUAUACAUGCCUGGAGUGUGGACAGAGUUUCACUGCUAGUGGAAAUCUACGUUCACAUCAACAGACUCACACUGGGGAGAAACCCUAUAAAUGCCUGGAGUGUGGAAAGAGCUUCACUGCUAGUGGAAAACUACGUAAACAUCAGCGGACUCACACUGGUGAGAAACCCUAUUCAUGCCUGGAGUGUGCAAAGGGUUUCGCUCAGAGAGAACAUCUAGAUUCACAUCAAAGGACUCACACCGGGGAAAAACCCUAUACAUGCCAGGAGUGUGGAAAGAGUUUCACUGAGCAUGUAAGUGUACGUAAACAUCAGCGGACUCACACUGGUGAGAAACCCUAUUCAUGCCUGGAGUGUGGAAAGUGUUUCACUCAGAGAGGACAUCUAGAUUCACAUCAAAGGACUCACACUGGGGAGAAACCCUAUAUAUGCCUGGAGUGUGGAAAGAGCUUUGCUCGGAGUGGAAAUCUAAAUGUACAUCAGUGGACUCACACUGGGGAAAAACCCUAUACAUGCCAGGAGUGUGGAAAGAGCUUCACUGAGAGUGGAAGUCUACGUAAACAUCAAAGGACUCACACGGGGGAGAAACCCUAUUCAUGCCUGGUGUGUGGAAAAAGCUUCACUGAGAGUGGAAGUCUACGUAAACAUCAAAGGACUCACACGGGGGAGAAACCCUAUUCAUGCCUGGAGUGUGGAAAGAGCUUCACUGAGAGUGGAAGUCUACGUAAACAUCAAAGGACUCACACGGGGGAGAAACCCUAUUCAUGCCUCGAGUGUGGAAAAAGCUUCACUGGUGAGAAACCCUUUAAAUGUCUGGAGUGUGGACAGAGCUUCACUUCUAGUGGAAAUCUACGUUCACAUCAAAGGACUCUCACUGGGGAGAAACCCUAUAUAUGCCUCUAGUGUGGACAGAGCUUCACUGAGAGAGGAAGUCUACGAAAACAUGAAAGGACUCACACUCGGGAGUAACCCUAUACAUGCCUGGAGUGUGGACAGAGCUUCACUCAGAGUUCAAAUCUACGUUCUCAUCAACGGACUCACACUCGGGAGUAACCCUAUACAUGCCUGGAGUGUGGAAAGAGCUUUACCAAUCUAUGUUUGAAUCUAUGUUACCAUCAAAGGACUCACACUGGGGAACAACACUAUGCAUGCCUGGAGUGUGGAGAGAGCUACACUGAGAGUGGAAUUUUAUGUAAAUAAAGGACUCACUCUGGGGAGAAACCCUAUAGAUGUCAGGUGUGUGGACAGAGCUUUUCUGAGAGUGGAAGUUCAUGUUCACAUUGUAGGACUCACACGGGGGGGGGGGGGAACUUACGAAUGUCUUGAAUGGAGACAGAGCUUCACUCAGAAGGGAUAUCUCCAUUCAAAUCAGAGGCCUCACACUGGGGAGAAACGGUCUAAGUGCCUGGAGUGUGGACAGAGCUUCGCUGAGUUUGGAAGUCUACGCUGUCAUCAAAGAACUCUCACUUGGGAAACCACCAUAAAUACCUAGAUUGUUUACAGAGCUUCAGUCGUGCACAUCUACGUUCACAUCAAAGGACUCACCAGGGAGAAACCUUAUAAAUGCAUGUUGUGUGAAUGUGCUAUUCACUCUCUGAGAGUUCAAAUGUAUAGACACAUAGAAUUCAGUGGUGUUUGACCCCAUAAGGCUCUCUAAAACAGAGCUUUUCAAACUUUUCAUGUUGGUGAUGCACUCUUUAUCAGUAAAAUGACAUUUUUAUAUCUCGGUGCUUCUAUAAUACUGGCAGGAGAUUUUGAUGCCGGCAUUGGUCCAAAUGAUGACGCUCUUUAUGGCCAUUUCAGUGAGCAUAGAAUCGUAGAAUAGUAGAGUUGGAAGAGACCUCAUGGGCCAUCCAGUCCAACCCCAUUCUGCCAAGAAGCAGGAAAUCGCAUUCAAAGCACCCCCGACAGAUGGCCAUCCAGCCUCAGCUUAAAAGCCUCCAAAGGAGCCUCCACCACAGAGAGUUCCACUGCCGAACAGCCCUUCUCACAGUGAGGAAGUUCUUCCUGAUGUGCAAAAUGCACAUAAAGCAUAUAAACAUAUAAAACCAAAAGGCAUACAAAAUACAAUAAAAACAUAAAACUGACCAAUAGCCAAGCGCCGUGAGCGUAUUCAAGACUGGAAGUAAGGCAGUAGCAUGUAUAUACGUGCCAUAUCUCACGACCUCUAAAUCUGGACCAGAAUACAGUGAAAUGGCUGCGUAUAGGUUGAGGCGGAGGACAUGAUCUGCUUUGAACUGGAUUAUAUGAGCCUACACGGCCAGGCAAUCCAGUUCAAAACAGAUAAUCUGGAUUUUAUCUGGCAGUGUAGAAGGGGCCUGCAAUUCCUGUGAUUCUUCAGGGCUGGCAAUCCUCCCCCACACCUCCAGAAAUAAGACCUAGAUCUCUUCUGUUUCUUUGGGGAUGCCCAGGCACGGGGAGAAUUACUGGCAGAUCCAAGAACAUUUGGAAUCCAGGAUCUAAUGGUGCAUCUGCACGGUAGAAUUAAUGUACAGGGGAGUCUCACUUAUCCAACGUUCUGGAUUAUCCAACGCCGUCUGCCUCCCGCCCGGAUCCACUGCUGUUUCUCGAGGCAGCAAGGACUGAACUUUUUACGCAUUUAACUUCCGACAGUGUUGUUACUGUAAGUUCCUUUUAUGCAAUUCUAUCUUUAUUUGUAGUCAAGUUGUUAGCAGCCAGUGUUUGUGUAGUCAGUGUUUUCAAUACAUUGCGAUGUUUCGGUGCUAAAUUCGUAAAUACAGUAAUUACUACACAACCUUA